GAGAGACCGGAGCAAGCGAGAGGAGGAGGAAAAGGAGAGCCAGUGUGUGGUGUGAGCCCAGAUUACAACCAACCAGAUACUGAAACAAGACAGGAGCAUGGAGGACAAAAAUAAAAGGAUAUAAGCUCCUCUAACAUAUUCUCUCCUUCUGCCAGUUCAAAAGAAAAAGAAUCACACCCAGGUUGUGUUCAGGAAGAGGGAGGAAGAGUGAGAAGAAGGGGAAGAAAAGGAAAGAGGAGGAGUACUGUAUUUCCAAGAGCGAGCGUUUCAGAGGACGGUGCUGUCACAGAAGAGGAGGAGGAGGAGGAGGAGGAGGAGGAGGAGGAGGAGGUGAUGCGUGCGAGUGUGUGUGUUUGCAACACAUCAGCGACAGGAGUGACACAACACUAAGGUGUGUGUGUGUGUAUGAUGUGAACUCCCCCCCACACCCCCUCAUCAUCAACAUCGUCUACAGAGAGCCAACCUGAGGUUUCACAAGCCAUGCUGAGGACCAGGAACGAGCUGAAGUCCUGCUGAACACCAUGGCCCAGGCUAAAGGACGGAGAGAUGGCAUGGUGUCGUCCAAUGAGAACAGGCGCCGGCCACUGUCAUCGGGUGAGGUGGAGGGCGUGUCAUGGCAGGGCCCACGGACCAUUUUUGUCCAGAAGAACUCACAGGGAUUCGGCUUUACUCUUCGCCACUUCAUCGUCUACCCACCAGAGUCCUCCCUCCACAGCCUCAAGGAUGAGGAGAACGGAAAUGCAACUGGAAAAGCAGGUUGUCAGCGGUCUCGUUUGGAGCCAAUGGACACCAUUUUUGUGAAGAGUGUCAAAGAAAAUGGCCCCGCGCAACAAGCUGGACUGUGUACAGGGGACAGGCUGGUGAAGGUGAAUGGGGAGAGCAUCCUGGGGAAAACCUACUCUCAGGUGAUCGCACUCAUCCAAAACAGUGAAAACAUUCUGGAGCUCUCCAUUAUGCCCAAAGAUGAGGAUGUGUUGCAGUUGGUAAGUGCGUACUCCCAGGAUGCCUACCUGAAAGGCAAUGAGCCAUAUUCAGGUGAGGCCCAGAACCUCCCUGCGCCGCCGCCUCUCUGUUACCCUUCUCCCAAGCCCAGCUCCACUGCCCCACAGCCCAGCCACAACCUCCACAGUCCCCUGGACAACUGGCAGUGCCGACCUGGCCCUGCCGCCUCUCCACUGGACAACCGCCCCCCUGCUGCUUCUACCCCCACCUCCGGCUGGCCCGGAGGUCCUGAGGAUUCCAGUGGUCACUUUGCCCCAUCAGGGCGGCACAGAGGCCGCUCCUCUUCAGCCAUCAGUGUGCUGGACUUUCACUUUGCUAACCACAAUGCUGCCAUCGCCUCUGCAACGCUGCCUCCACCACGGAAGAGCAGCCUGCCGGCCUCUGCCCGCACUCACACCGAUGCUCUCUGCCACCAGGCUCUGUCGGACUGGUACUACAGCCAAGCUGAAGCUGCAGAGCACAUGUCCCCCCGCCACCGCAGUAUAUCUCAGGAUUGUUUAGCAGAGCUGGGACUGGGAUUGGCCCUCGGCCCCGGACCCACACCUGCUUCCACAACCUCUGCUGAGCAACGCAGAAGAGAAACCCUCGUGUGCCACCACCAGGCAGCUGCUGCUUCCCAUGAUUCCUAUUGGCUAGGGGGCUGGGGUGGUGUGUCAGGACCAGGAAGCAGGUCAUGUUCAGAGAGCCUCCUGGCAGCAUACGCAGAGUACGAGCAUAACUAUGGGCGUUCUGUGGAAACACUGGCACAAGCCUCUGCACUGGUGUCGCCACGCUAUGAACACUCUGCACAAGCCUCCCAAAUGGCAAAAUUCAGAGAGCAGAAAGUUUCAGCAGGGCAUCAGCACAAAACCACAGUGAUACCCUCCAUCACAGCCUCCUCCACAGUGCCUCCUAGUGGCAGGCAGUCAGGUCAGCAAGUAGCUGAACCCCAGACAAGGCGCGUAAAAGAUGAAGAGCUUGUGGGCUACAAAAGCUAUAGCCCUUCUUUCUCUCGCAAAGCUGGCCACCUCCUCCAGCAGGCCCACUCCUUCAGAGAGCCCAGCUACAGCGGCCCUCACCUCAACUGGAGCCCCGGCAGCAGCGGCAGCCCUGCAGACAGUGAGGGGGGGAUGGUACCCAGGCCACAGUCUACCCCCGCCCUGUCUGCAUCAGAGGAGGAAAGAGCCCGACUGGGUGAGGACAGGGAGGUCAUCUCCCCCAUCACCCUGCAUCAAGAGGUGGUCCUUAGGCAGAAGCCACCCUCUGGCCGCCGCACCCCUGUUCAGGCUGUUCGACAUCCCCACUACACCACACCUGCGGAGUCACCGGAGCCCCCUGGUUUGGAACCCACACGAGGGACCCCCUCUCCUGUUGCUGGGGGGCCCGGCCCCAACCGCAGGGCUAAUGGUAGCCUGGCACAGCAUGCAUACAACUCCCUGUCCUCUAUUCCCUUCAUAGAUGAACCCACCAGUCCUAGUAUUGACCUACAGGCCUGCUAUGUACCAGCCCGCUCUGUUGUGUCCAGUUCCCAGGCCUCCACUAUGGCCACCCUCACUUCCACCUGUGUCUCCCCCACCCUCUCCUCCAUCUCCCCCUUUGUCCGACUUCGUUCUCAGGACUGCAGCAGUAUUAAAGGUCGCCGCUCCUCUUACCUGUUGGCCAUCACCACUGAGAGAUCCAAGUCCUGUGACGAGGGUCUAAACACCUUCAGGGAAGAAGGCCGAGUAUUCUCCAAACUACCAAAAAGGGUCAAGAGCUUUUUCACCGAUGGGUCUCUGGAGAGCCUGCGAGCCCAGGAGGAGGCCCGCUCCAAACGCCACUCCACCUCUGAACUGGGAACCAUCACCUUCAGUGAUGUUCGCAAGGAAGGCUGGCUGCACUACAAACAGAUCCUCACAGAGAAGGGAAAGAAAGUAGGGGGUGGCAUGCGACCAUGGAAGCGGGUCUUCUCCGUACUCCGUUCCCAUUCGCUCUUCCUCUACAAGGACAAGCGAGAAGCCGUCCUUCACGGGGCAGGGGCGGGGCCCAGCCAAGACGAGCAUCCUCCAAUCAGCAUCCGCGGCUGCCUGAUCGACAUCGCCUACAGUGAAACCAAGCGUAAGCACACCCUGAGGCUGACCACGCAAGAUUUCUGCGAGUACCUGCUGCAGGCCGAGGACAGGGAUGACAUGCUGGCCUGGAUCAAGGUCAUCAGGGAGAACAGCAAGACCGACAACGAGGAGAUUGGUUUCUCAAGACAAGCUCUCAUCAACAAGAAGCUCAACGACUACAGAAAACACAGUCUGACAGGUAGUAAGCCAGACUCGUCUCCUAGAGCCCAUCGCAUGAUGCCUCCCUUCCUGCUGGCCAAGACUGACAACACCUCAGUGAACCGAACCCCCAGAACCGAUGACAACAAGGCGCUGUGGGGCAUCAACAUCAUGAAGAAGGCCAAGAAGACAGGCAGUCCGAAGGCUUUUGGUGUGCGACUGGAGGACUGUCAGCCUGCUGUCAACCAUAAAUUUGUCCCUCUGAUCGUCGAGAUGUGCUGUGGUGUGGUGGAGGAGACGGGUUUGGAAUACACUGGCAUCUACCGGGUGCCGGGGAACAACGCCAUGGUGUCCAACCUGCAGGAGCAUCUCAACAAAGGCAUGGACAUCAACACUGCUGAAGAGAGAUGGCAGGACCUGAAUGUAAUCAGCAGCCUGCUCAAAUCGUUCUUCCGAAAACUGCCUGAGCCGCUGUUUACUGAUGACAAAUACAAUGAUUUCAUUGAUGCCAACCGGAUAGAGGACGCAGAGGACAGACUGAAGACCAUGAAGAAACUGAUCCAUGACCUCCCAGAUCACUACUAUCACACCCUAAAGUUCCUGGUGGGUCACCUCAAGAAGGUGGCCGAUCACUCUGAAAAGAAUAAGAUGGAGCCAAGAAACCUGGCUCUGGUGUUUGGUCCCACUCUGGUGAGGACGUCAGAGGACAAUAUGACCGACAUGGUCACCCACAUGCCUGAUCGCUACAAAAUAGUGGAGACACUAAUCCUCCACCAUGACUGGUUCUUCACUAACGGAGAGCUCGAUAAGGAAGAAAAGGCCCCAGAGGAUAAGCGGGACAUGCAGCCUGUGCCCAACAUUGACCAUCUGCUGUCCAACAUCGGCAGGCCAGGCAUGCCAGGAGAGGCAUCAGAUUCCACCACCAGCGAUUCACUUAAGUCAAAGAUUUCUUCGCUCUCCAAGAAGGACCUGAAUGCCAAGGACUUCCUGCCCAUGUCCAUCAUCUCUGCUGUGACCCGCAAACGAAAAAAAUGCCCCAGUACCCACCUGCAGGGCAGCAGCACAGACGAAGACUCCGACCACGAGCCAGUCAAAGCCAGCAACUUCAGGGGAGGAGAGGAAGGGGAAGGGGAGGAGGAAGAGGACAGAAGAGAGGAAGAGGCAGUCAAGGAAGAACAUACCAUUCCUAAAAAAGAAAAAAGGGAUGAAAAGGAAAAUAGGAUGAAUGCUAGAGAGACCACAGAGGGAAAAGAGUCUGUGGCUGGAGAGGAAGAGGCUGGAAAGGAUGUGACAAAUGGAACAGGCAGCGGUGCAAAAAAAAUUGAAAGGGAGAGCAGGCGGAGGACAACCUUGCCGGGAAAUGCACCGCAACGUCCAAGAAGUUUUGUUUGCUCACACCAUCAGAUCCAUUCCACAUACACAAGACCCCCAACAGUGGCUAGUCCUCCCUCCCAUCUCAGGCCUCACAAUCUGGCCAGAGGACACCCCACGCUCCCUUUCUGGAUCUGCCCCACCAGGCUUCCCAACCUCUACCAGGCUUCUAGCUUUUAUGGGACCCAGCAGCCAGACUGGAAUCAGUCAGCUCCAGUCCGCUACAGGAAGACCAGAGGUGGGAGGACAAGGGCUGUUUCCAUGAAUUUGGAUCUUGAGCUGGGAAGGAGUGAGGACAGAGUCAGAGGAUGGAGAGCAGAGAGGGUGGAGGUGAUCAGAGUCAUUGAGGGAGCACCAGGCCAGCAUGGAUGUGUUGGGGUUCCUCAGGGAUCAAUUGUAGGUCCCGGGUCAAUUCAGCAAAUAGGUCCCCUCCCUCAUCUUGCCCAGGAUCCUCUCCCUCUCUCCUCCUCUUCCUCCGGAUGGAUAGAUCAGACAUCCCCGGGAUCUCAAGCUGUGGUCAUGAGAAGAUCAAACCUGGACCCGCGGGACAAGACGAGAGCAUGGCGUCGCCACACAGUGGUGGUUUAACCAGACUUUUUCAUCUACUAAUGCAGUUACAAAGUACCUGCCCUUUACUCACAAACAGUGGAUCACCUGUCACUGCUUCUAAAGCCAAGUGUCUGUCAUGUUGCUUUAGGGAUAUUCAUUGUGACUGUUCCCUCUUGGCUUUUUAAUGGCACUGACGUUAGAGAUGUGAUCUCAUGGAUAAGGAAUGCUUUGACAUUGUAUGCAGUUGUAGAGUUUCAUUCCAAAAUGAGUAAACCCCCAUUUGAAAAAUGUGAAACUCGCUCUGAAAUUAACACACAAAUUCUACUAUUCAACUACUUUUGAAGCUAUUUGUCUUUAAUCCUUUACUUACAAAAUAACUGUAGAUGUAAUUAUCCAUGUUGUUUUAUAUUUUGAAAAGAACAUUAGGGCUGAGCACUGCAAAUUGAGAUCCUGGUAUUUCCAGGAAAUUUUCACCAAAAUCUGAUCACCUUUCUCAGGAAAAAUACCCGUGGGAUCCUUUGAUUUUUCGCUUACAUGUUUACAUACUACGCUUAUACACAUCUGUUGUACACAUAGUCCGAGCUUGAACUGCUAUCAUUAGGGAAAUGAAAUAGGUGGUGCUCGAAGCUUGGUGAGAUGAUGUUUACUUGCAGAGGCAGGUUGGUGAACUACUGUAGCUUGCAAGCUAACAUGCUAACCAGCCAGCAACACUCACACUAGUGUUAGUCACAAUGGAUCUCUGAGCUAGGUAGCUUGCUAAUUGACAGGACACAAAGUUGACAAGACACACAGUUCGUGGAGUAUUUUCCUCCAGCAGGAGAGGUUGAAUUAAGUGAAUGGUGCAACACAGUUAAUAAACUACAGUAGCUUCCAGUGUUCUGGACUUUUCCAACUCUGCAAUACCUCUCUGCUAUUGGUCACGGGUGCAAUUUCAAGUAUUGAAGAUUCAAGGAUUUACUUCACCCCAACAAACCACUGAUCACAACAAUUCCACUUAAAUGAAUAGAUUUUGUAAUAAAAUGUUGCCAUUUUUAAAAGUGUUAGUCUGGGAACCAGACAAAUCCGUGAACUCAUGUUUUCAUUUGCUUUGGUAGAUGCGUCUGCUCCCCCUCCACUUCAAACACAUUUCCACCAGACAUGACAGAGAUGACAGACAAACAGUUGUUAAUCUGUUAUGGGGUGUCCUUGAUAAGGUGACGGACAACUUAUGGAAUCUUUUUGCUUAAUGCAAAAUACAUAAAGAUGUUAUUUCUGGCUUGCACAGGAAAGUGAGCAUCAACCUAGCUUAGUAAAGAGGAGUGGUAUAUUUGAUGGUGAAAACAGCAACACUCGUUCACAGACAUGUUGAUGCUAUACCAUCACAGCUCGUUUCUGCACGCUGUAGUCUGUUCAUUGCUCAGUGCUACAUCACGAUUUACGUCACGACCAUUUACAGCCAUUGAUAACGCCCCCUGGAAAUCGAACAUGAACUGAAAAGUUGCAGACUAAUUUGCAUUUGCAAAUUGAUCUGGUGAUGUCAGGCCAAUAACCUAGUCCUUUAUAGCGUUAUAACUGGAAACACUUUUCACCUGGAGAGCUUUCAUCCAUUAACUUUUCAUGACACUUCACCAUCAGCUGUAUGGCAAAUAUUUUUUUUUAGAAGAAGUGAACAAGGCAGAAUGCAAAAUGUUGAAGUGAAAAGAAGGCCAUACACUGACAUGCAGAGCUCCAUCAAAAAAGAGAAGUACGGGUGAUUGCUGAGCAAUGUUGAAGGCCCUGAAUGGGGCUCUAAAGGAUUCUGAUUAAGUUGGACUUGAAACAAUCUCUGUGAAACUCUUGUGCAGUCGGUGUUUUACGAUGCUAUUCUUCAUACAGCCACAAGAUGGUGCCACAGUAAGGAGUUUUCAGAUCCUACACAUGGGCUUAAAUAUGUAUCACUGAAAUAAUGUUUUGGAAUGAAACCCUUCAAUUGUAAAUUUAAAAUAGGAGUUAAAAACAAGAGAAAGCCAUAUCAGACAUUUGAAAUUCAACUCCAGAGCCCGGCUGCUGCUGUUACAACUAACCCUCACCAGCAAAGACUACAGCAGUCAUCAGCCACUUGUUUUUCCACUGCAAACCGACUGUGCUGUACGCGCUGGUGUCUUCCCCCACUGCUUUUUAUCCACGUGGGCAAAUAUCACAUAUGCACUCUCACUUGCCGGCCUAAGUACAGCACAGUACACUAAUUCAGAGGAAACCUCACCUCAGUUUACUUCUCAGCCCUUUACAAGCUCUUCCAAAGCCUCCUGUGGAUCUACAGGGAACUUCAUCGAUCCGUGGGAGCAAAACAACUCACUCUCUGUGGAUGACAUGACUCGGGCAUUAUGCCAAAGCUUCCAUGGACUAAAAAAAUGCAUGCAUGGGGUCAGUGACAUAUAAAAAUAUGCAAACCCUAAGUGUUCAACACAAGCCUAUUGUGCUUCCCUGUGUGUAUUGUGUAUGUGGGGGGAGGAGUGCCAGAGCUUUGAGGAAGUUAAUGCCUGUUUCAGAGGAGCAAAGUGUUCAAGGCAGCUAUGCGAAGUCAUGCCAAAAUUCUUCUCUUUUCUAUUUGGGUAACUGUACAAUAUCAGCAGUAUGGAGCCAAGACAUGUUCAGCACUUAGUGCAACAGUGAGGCUCAGUUAAUACAUAAUAUCAGUGUUACUAAGAGUAUUGUCAUGGGAGCAGUUGAAAGUGAGUUAAUAACCUCCUUAAAUCCAAAACCACAGAGUCUUACCUGAGUGAUAUAUUUGCAUUUUUCCUUUUCACAUUUUCAGUACUUUCGCUCCCAUUAAAAGUCUGAAAGAGAAAAAAAAAUUAAAUGGAGCUGAACCAAACUGUACUGCCAACCACUGUCAUCCAACCAGACUCCAUGUUUGUCUUAAUCAUAUCUAGACUCAGUCUGUCCUUCUCUCUAUCUGUGCCCUUGUGCAUGUACUUUAUGUACGUGGGUGACUGUGCGUGGACCAAUUUUAUAACAGUUGUACAAAGCCUUGUUAAGUUAACCUGUGUAUAUAAUUAUUAUACAUAAUAUA